AUGGUUUGGUUCAUUAUCGUUCUUCUCUGCCUUGGGAAUUCAUUGGCUCAGAUUUCGGAUUUAACCGUUUACAAAGAUUCGGAACUAGAAGAAAGACUAUUGAGUCUUCUCCAAAAAUUGCAAAUAGAACAGAUGUACGAUACUCUGUUAAUCUAUGGAGAAGAUUGUGUUUUUCCUUCACUAUUCACAAGUUUGCCAGUAUCCACAGUACUAGUAUCGUCUGGAAGCACUAACUUUGAUUGGAAUUUCAGCAGUCUAACACUGAUACUUAGUUGUGGAUUUCAAGCUGAGAGAGAGGAAAACUAUCGUACACUAAUAAAGCUGCAAAAUAGCAGACGUCUAAUCCUUCUCAGCGAAAAUAUUCAACCAGAGACUGUUUGCGACUAUUACACGAAAAAGGAGCAGUAUAAUAUCGCCAUGGUAAAAGAAAACUUUGAUCUGUUCGGGGUAGUCCACUCCUGUCGCAUUUUUCAAGAACGAAAAUAUGAAAAAAUUAAUCUGUUUGAAGAUAAAACGAUUUUCAAAGAACAAUUUCGAAACAUGCAUGGAGCUCCGAUCAGAACACUCUCAGACAUGGCACCCCCACGAUCCAUGGUUUACCGCGAUGCGAAAACAGGUGAAGAGAAAAUUAUCGGCUUCGUCGCAAAUUUGAUAAGGCACUUCGUCCAGAAAGUUAACGCUACCAUGGAUAUGCAGGUGAAAUUAAUUGAGGCCGGAACAAAAAUAUCUUUUGAGAACAUUUCAAAGUGGGCUUCGGAGGAUCUUCUCGAUAUUGGCAUGAGCGAGGCCACAUCCUGGGAAAAGUCGAACUUCGAUACACUUUCUUAUCCGUACUUGAUGACUUCCCACUGCUUCAUGGUUCCCAUUCCGGAUGUGGUGCCGGAUAGCAAGAUCUACAUGAUAAUCAUAGAUCCCCCCGUCCUCGCCGUGCUCUUUAUUAUAUUCUGCAUCUUCUCGCUGCUUCUAAUCUACACUCAGCAAAAAUCGUGGCGCGGUCUGAGCCUUUCCAGUGUACUGCUAAACGACAAGAGUUUGAGGGGAUUUUUGGGUCAACCGUUUCCUUUUCCCCGGCAUUCUAGCAGAAUACUAAAACUAAUCUGUUUGAAUGUUUGCUUCUCCAGCCUGAUGACCACCACCAUGUAUACGGCUUACCUGCAGAGCCUCUUUUGCAAUCCUCCGCUUCAGCCGAGAUUACAUAACUUUGGCGAUCUGGAGAAGACCCGGUUCAAGGUGGCCAUAUCCUCGUACGAAAUGCUUAUGCUGCAACGAUUUAACCUUUGCGAGAAGCAGCUGAAGAUCUUCGAUAACUCCAACCAAUUCUCGUACUUCCGGAACACCUUUAAUACCGACUAUAUCUACCCGGUGACCAGUGUGCGCUGGAGCACCUUCAAGGAGCAACAGAAGCUCUUCGCAUAUCCGCUAUUCUACUACUCAGAUUCACUCUGCCUAAAUCUGUUCGACAUCUUCAGUUUUCCCAUAAGACGCCACCUGCCCUACCGCGAUCUUUUCGAGGAGCACAUCCUGCGGCAGCAUGAGUUUGGACUCCCGAAAUACUGGAUUGAUCGCAGCUUCGCCGAUAUGCUAAGGCUGAAGAUUACGCCGUUUGAGGACUUAAGUCCACCACGUUUGAAUGAUAAAAUGCAUCUAGACGAUCUUUAUUGGGCCUUAGUCAUGUUUGGAACUGGAUUAGGCAUUAGUUGCUGGUGUUUUGCCAUCGAGUUUUUGGGAUCUCCAAGUUUCUGGAGACGCCUAAGGGAAUCCAUGUGGUUAAGAAUCCAAAAUUAA